AAACAAAAGUCAAUUGCGCUCGCCAGUUCUGCCCCUAUCCGCCUCUUCAUCCGCCUACCGAACCCGUAUAUUUCCACUUCAAGAGACCAACGAACAAAACACCCUCUCAACAUAGCCCAGCCAGUCCACGUACAUCAUAUGAUGGCUGACAUGGGAGCUGUGGCCGAGCAGACGGCCAAGCUCCAUCUCGACGAGGAGACGGGAGAGCUGGUCAGCAAAGGCGAGCUGAAGAAGCGCCAGGCCAAACGCGCCAAAAAAGCGGCCACCGCGAAGGCAAAGGAGGCAAAGGCUGCCGUCGCUGCGGCCGUGGGGGGGAACGACAAGAAGCCGGCUCCCAAGCCAAAGGAAGAGGAGGUGGUCAUCGACUCCGAGGCCAUGUUCAAGCAGGGAUUCCUCGACGACGUUUUCAAGGAGCGCCCCAUGAAGCCCGUUGUCACUCGGUUCCCGCCCGAGCCCAACGGUUUCCUCCAUAUUGGCCACGCCAAGGCGAUCGCUGUCAACUUUGGCUUUGCGAAAUACCACGGUGGUGUCUGCUACCUUCGAUACGAUGACACGAAUCCCGAGAAAGAGGAGGAGAAGUACUUCACGGCCAUCCAGGACAUGGUGCACUGGUUGGGCUUCACCCCGUACAAGAUCACCCACUCCAGUGACAACUUCCAGAAGCUGUACGACCUGGCCGAGAAGCUGAUCACCUUGGAGAAGGCCUACGUCUGCCAUUGCGAUGACACCGAAAUCAAGCUCCAGCGAGGUGGUGAAAAGGGCGCGACACCACGAUACCGCUGCGAACACGCCAGCCAAACAGUCGAGGCGAACUUGAAAAAGUUCAGGGACAUGCGGGACGGGGUGUACAAGCCCAGGGAGGCGUUCCUGCGCAUGAAGAUGGACAUGGAAGACGGGAACCCCCAGAUGUGGGACCUGGCCGCGUACCGGAUCAAGUCGGACACGCCACACCAUCGGACCGGCUGGGAUUGGAAGAUCUAUCCCACCUACGACUUCACCCACGGCCUCUGCGACUCGUUCGAGAAGAUUACCCACAGCCUCUGCACCACCGAGUUCAUCAACUCGCGUCAGUCUUACGAGUGGCUCAACAAGGUGUUGGGCGUUUACGAACCCAUGCAGCGGGAGUACGGUCGCUUGAACAUUACUGGUACCGUGCUCUCCAAGCGUAAGAUUCAGAAGCUGGUCGACGACGGCCACGUCCGCGACUGGGACGAUCCGCGGUUGUUCACACUUGUGUCUCUGAGGAGGAGAGGUGUACCGCCUCAGGCCAUUCUCGACUUUAUUUCUGAACUGGGCGUGACGCCCUCGACGACGACGAUCCAGAUCAAGCGAUUUGAACAGAGCAUCCGGAAAUACCUUGAGCGCACCGUCCCCCGCCUGAUGAUGGUCCUGGACCCCAUUCCCGUGACGAUAGAAGACGCGACCGAGACCCUCGACCUCGAGCUCCCCUUCUCCCCCAAGGAUCCCGCCAUGGGCUCUCACACGGUCAAGUUCACGCCGACGGUCUACAUCGACCGGUCCGACUUCCGCGAGGUCGACAGCAAGGACUAUUUCCGGCUCGCGCCCGGCAAGACGGUGGGGCUGAUGAACGCGCCGUACCCCAUCAAGGCGACGUCGUUCGGCAAGGACGAAGCGACGGGCAAGGUCACCGAGGUGCGGGCCGUGUUCGACAAGGAAGGGAAGAAGCCCAAGGCGUUCAUCACGUGGGUGGGCACGGAGGGCUCCCAGCGGGUCGAGGCGCGGGUGCACAACUCGCUGUUCAAGAGCGAACGGCCGGACGACGCCGAGGGCGGGUUCCUCAACGAUAUUCACCCGGAGAGCGAGGUCGUCUAUCCGGAUGCGGUUAUCGAGAGCGGCAUCGACGAGGUGAAACGACGGGCGCCGUGGCCUGAGGCUGCUGGCGAGAGCGAACGGGGCAAGAGCGGACCCGAGGGUGUGCGGUUCCAGGCCAUGCGCCUUGCGUACUUUGCCAUGGAUUCGGACUCGAAGGACGACAAGAUUGUUCUCAACAAGAUUGUUUCCUUGAAGGAGGAUGCUGGGAAGAAUUAAGGGCCGGUAUAGAGGGCUCAGAGUCUAGAGUUCCCAUGGGCAUUAAGAGAUAUCUGUACAUGAGCAUGAAGAUGGUACGAGAGAAGAAGACGAUGAUGAUGCAAGAUGAUAGCGAUGAUGGGGGGAGGGAGUAAGGGAGUCGGUAUGCAGGUCUGGGAAAAUAAACAAAUAUUCAUUCCUCUUGGUUGAGGUGGUUGAAAGGGCAUAUUCACACUUUCAGGCUGCACGCAUAACUGGGCAGAGCUCACGACUUACAAGAAGACGGCACAAAGUGAACACCUCGGCUUUUAUACACUCAAUG